ACUUAAGAAGACGUUUUACGAACAGUUUUGCGCCGGAGAAAAUGCGGAAGAGACGAAGAACAGCAUGGACAAGCUCAAACGACUAGGCAUUCGCGGGAUUAUUCUCACCUAUGCACGAGAGACCGUCUUUGAUCACAAGACAAACAAAGCGCAGCCUCAAGGACACAUAUUAAGCGAACAGAGUGUUGCCGUCGAUUACUGUCCUAAUAUUGAAGCCUGGCGAAAGGGGACACUUGAAACCAUUGACCUUAUUAGUGAAGGGGAUUAUUUGGCCCUCAAAUUGAGUGGCACUGGCCCAGUGGCUACUAAAGCUUUCAGUGCCGGUGAAUUACCACCGCAGCAAAUGAUGAAUGCCUUGGAUGAAAUAUGCGUUCGUUCAAGGGACCGCAAAGUGCAAAUCCUAGUCGAUGCUGAGUCUCAGCAUUUUCAGCGAGGAAUCGCUCGCGUGACUCUUGAACUUAUGCGCAAGUAUAACCGUGAUGGAUACGCUCUUGUCUACAAUACCUACCAGGCCUACCUGAAGAGCACCCCGAAACUCAUUGAAGAGCAUCUCGAAGCUGCCAGCAAGGAAGGGUUCACUCUGGGUCUCAAGCUAGUGAGAGGAGCAUACAUUGCUUCUGAUGAACGAUCUUUGAUUCAUAACACCAAGCUGGAUACUGAUAAUGCCUACAAUGAGAUUGCCCAAGGAGCUCUCAAGCAACAUAUUGGAAAGUUCGGUGGGGUUGAUGGCCGUCCAUUUCCUUCACUGAAUCUGUUCUUGGCGAGUCAUAACAAAGAAAGUCUUUUUGCGGCCUACGAGUUAUACCGUCAACGCCUAAACUCGAAUUUGCCUACCGUUCCCGUUCGAUUUGGUCAACUCCAUGGCAUGUCGGACGAGGUCAGCUUCUCGCUCAUACAGCUGAAAGAUGUUUAUGGUGACAACAUCGGCCCGGAAGUCUACAAAUGUUCUACAUGGGGCAGCAUGCGUGAGUGCAUGGCAUAUCUGAUACGACGAGCGAUAGAAAACAGGGAUGCUGUAUCGAGGGCAAACGACGAAUAUUCUGCAUUGAAAGCGGAGUUGAGGAGGAGAUUGGGCUUUUCUUCGUGGCUUUCCUCUGCGAGUCACUAGACGCUUGAAAGGGCAUAUAGUUAUGCAGCUGCUUUUUGGAUAUCAG